AUGGGAUCGGACUCGAGCCGUGUUGAUAGGCUUGUGGCUCAGCUGGCGCGUACAUUUAAGAUUCGGGACAUGGGACCCCCGUCUUUCUUUCUUGGCAUUGAGACGAUGUCACUAUCUGAUGGUAUUCUUCUGUCUCAACGGCGUUAUAUACAGGAUAUUCUUAGACGUGCAGGCAUGGUUGACUGUAAACCGGUUUCUACGCCUAUUUCGGUGGCUUGGUCUGAUGUUGAUGAUUCUACUCCGUUUGCUGAUCCUACUCACUACCGUAGCAUUGUGGGUGCACUUCAGUACCUGACGGUGACUAGGCCGGAUUUGUCUUAUGCGGUUAACAGGCUUUGUCAACGCAUGCAGUCGCCCACCACUGCUGACUGGGCGGUUAUGAAACGUGUUCUGCGGUACGUGAAAGGCACUCUUGGUAUGGGUCUCUGUAUUCGCAAGUCGGAGUCUCUUGCGUUGCAUGCGUUCUCGGAUUCGGAUUGGGCAGGUAAUCCGGAUGACCGAAAGUCUACAAGUGGGUUUGUCGUCUUCUUGGGGUCCAAUUUAAUUGCUUGGUCUUGUCGGAAGCAGCGGACAGUGGCGCGGUCCUCUACUGAGGCCGAAUAUAAGGCACUGGCUGAUGUGGCGGCGGAGGUCACGUGGUUGGUUUCUUUGCUGCGCGAAAUUGGCUUUCCUCCAGACUCUGCGCCGGGGCUGUGGUGUGAUAAUCUGGGAGCAACAUACCUCUGUGCUAAUCCGGUUUUUCAUGCACGAACAAAGCAUGUUGAAAUUGAUUAUCACUUUGUUCGAGACAAGGUUGCCAAGAAGGAGUUGCAGGUUCAUUUUAUUUUCACGAAGGACCAGCUAGCUGAUAUUUUCACCAAGCCACUUGCAUCUGCUCGGUUUUCAUUGCUUCGGGACAAGCUCAAUAUUUCGAAUGCUCGACCUUGA